AUGCAUCUCUCAAUUGGGAUCCUUUCUUCUUUGUUGGCUACUACGGCUGUUGCUACAAGCAAUAGCAGGUUCUUCAAGCGCCAGGGCUACAACAGCACGGAUUAUGUGCUAAAGCAGGGCCCGCUCGAUACUCCAUGGACGGAGAAGGUGGGCACGGAUCCAUGGCCUGAGUAUCCUAGGCCUCAAUUGGCACGUUCGGAGUGGAAGAACCUCAAUGGUGUAUGGCGGUACCAAAAUGCGACCGGGUUCUCUGAGCUCAAUGCUCCACCUUUCGGCAAAGAGUUGGAGCUCCCCGUCCUGGUUCCAUUCUGUCUGGAGAGCGCUCUCUCGGGUGUCAUGGGCAACCACACCAUCUACAGCUGGUACCGCACGACUUUUGACGUCCCCUCCUCUUGGACAGCUGGAAAUCGAGUUUUACUCAACUUCGGUGCUGUGGACUGGAAUGCUACCGUCUUUGUCAAUGGGCACCAGGUCUUUAAUCACGUUGGCGGAUAUUUCUCCUUCUCUGUGGAUGUGACGGAUCAACUAUCCACAAAUGGGACUAAUGAGCUGUAUGAGAUUCUCUUCGUUUUCGACCCCACCGAUAUGGAGGGAUACAACAUUCCUCUCGGGAAACAGAGGCUCGUGCCCUCGCACAUCUUCUACACACCAUGCAGCGGCAUCUGGCAAACUGUGUGGCUUGAAUCAGCACCGGCAAAUCACAUCACUCAGCUAGAUGUCAGCGCCGAUAUGUAUGGAAAAGUGAACGUUACGGUACACGGCUCCGGCAAUACUAGCUCGAUAGUCCAGGUCACUAUAUACGAACCACACAGCACAGUUGCCAAGGUGACCGCCAAAGGGAGGGCCAAUGAGCCAUUCAUUUUUGAUGUUGAUGACUUCGAUCUGUGGUCACCGGACUCGCCCACUUUGUACAACAUGACGGUGAAGAUGGACGGUGACACGGUACAGAGCUACACGGGAUUCAGAACGAUAUCGUCUGGUGAGGUUGAUGGUGUUCCACGGCCGCUGCUCAAUGGCGACUUCGUGUUCAUGUUUGGAACACUAGACCAAGGAUACUGGCCAGAUGGUCUGCACACGCCCCCGAGCCGAGAAGCUAUGGUCUACGACUUAGAGGUCUUGAAGAGUGUAGGGUACAACAUGCUCCGCAAGCACAUUAAAAUUGAGCCAGCCCUCUUCUAUCAGGCUUGCGAUGAGAUGGGUAUCAUGCUUAUCCAGGAUAUGCCUGCUCUGGUUGACGGUUAUCACAUUCCUGGUAACGUGUGUCAUGAUACUGAUGAUGUCAAAGACGAGGCUUCGCAAAAGGAAUUCGAGCGUGAGCUCGCUCUUCUCAUUGAGCAGCAUAGGAAUUAUCCCAGCAUCGUAACCUGGAUGAUCUAUAAUGAAGGUUGGGGGCAAGAGAGAAAAAAGGAAUACCCCGAGUUCCGACUGACAGACAUGGUCAAAUCGCUCGAUCCUACACGGCUCGUUGAUUCGGUGUCUGGCUGGCAUGAUCACGGUGCCGGUGAUUUUCACGAUAACCACCAUUACUCAAGCCCGCAGUGUGGCACGCCGUUCUACUCCACCGCCAGCACACCCUACAAUCCCAGUCAAGACCGUCGCAUCGCCAUCCAGGGUGAAUUCGGUGGUAUCGGAAACAAUAUCACCGAAGAACACGCAUGGAAGGUUAAAGCCUCCAUCGACGCCGUCAACGGCACCUACGAGCUCGACGACACAAUUGAAAUCUGGAACUACCGCGCACACCACAUCCUCAAAGAGCUUGAGGAGCAGAUCACGCUGUUUGCAUGUUCCGGCGCAGUCUGGACGCAGACGACGGAUGUCGAGGGCGAAGUUAAUGGCAUGAUGACGUAUGAUAGGAGACUUAUUCGAAUGGAUAAAGACCAGUGGAAGGACGAUAUUCAGGCCUUGUAUGAUGCCGCGGAGAAGCGGGGGAAUUCCACGAUGAGGAUGAUGGCGAGGGGUGAUGAUUUGGAUGUGCUAUGA